UGUUCGACGACGAUCUCGUUUGUUUAUCAACACCGGCUACGUGCUUUUUAUUUGCCGCAAUUAUUUCACAUUUACCUCAAUUAACUCGCAAUUUUGACUGAAUGUUUCCCGUAAAAAUACAGUAACAUGCAAGUUCAAACAGACGCCACCUGCGUGCGGGUGCUUUGCAGUCGAAAACUGCUCGUGGGUAUCGGAAAUCAGCUGUUUCUGUUGCACGUCGAAUCGGACGGAUCGACCCGGCGCUUAUCAGCGGAUGGUUGCCUACCGCGCUUGAAAGACAAGAUCCAUAGCAUCGACUGCCGGAAGCUGGCCUCCGGGUCCUGGUUGGUGGUUCUUCACGCCGGUCGCGAGGCUUAUUCGUUGGAACUGGGAGAGGACAAUACCUUUUCCCAGCUGGGUCAGUUCCAUUUGUUCAACCGAACCGAACAUGUGCUGUAUGAUCCUCAGGCUAUGGCACUCCUAACGUAUGCUCGACGACGCCUCAAUGACUGGAUCAGCACCAUGAAGCUCCUGGGGGAUGACGAGGCUUGCCUGAUAACUGACCAUGGGGUGGCCAUUCGGUUACAGAGGGACUACUUCGGAAGCUGGUACGCUUCGGAUACGUGUGCCUGCGAGGACGGAUCGACGUUGUACUGUUCUCAGAUUGUGGGGACCAGUUGGGAGGAUGCGCUGUGUUUCAGCGGAACGGCCCUGGGGCUGCUGGUCAUUUGGCGCCCGUUUGGGCCGGAGAAGGGACAGAUCUUGUACAGUGCACCUGCUCAUAACGGAGUGAUCUUUUCGAUCGAGUGCGAUUUGGCGAAAGGGUUCGUAACGACUACUUCCGACGAUCGAUCGGUCAAGUUCUGGAAGAUGCAAGAGGGCGGGAAAGGAAUGGAGUUGAAGGAGCUGAGCUAUUGUUUCGGACACACGGCCAGAGUUUUCCAGAGUCGAAUCAUUCAAGCUGGUGGGGCCAAUUGGGUGGUUUCUAUUGGAGAGGAUUCGAAUCUGUGUCUGUGGGAUGAAUCAGGCAAUCGCAUUCACAGGCAAAGGAUGGAAGACGGAGCCACGCUAUGGAACUUGGAUUACGACGAAUCAACGAUGACCGUUUUCGUGUGCGCCAGCAAUGGAAACGUAUCCAAAUUCGAAAUCGGGCGGUUCUUGGAACCGAGUCAAGAUCAUCUUGUGGUCCGAGAUGUAACGCCUGAUAUGAAGGAUGAACACCCGACGAAGGUGAAAUUCUGUGAAGGCGGUGCAAUCGUAACAGUAACUAACCACAACCGGAUACUACUGUUGAGAGACUCACAGGAACCGGAAGCAAUCGAUCAACUUAGAGAACAAUUCAAAUGUAGCAUUCUUGAGGUGUCGGAUGAUAGAAUCUUCGUCGCAGGUAAUCGAUGGCUUAAUAUCUACGAGUUGAGUGACGGCAGCCCAUCUUCGCCAAAAGCCCGCAAGUUGUCCCAUUCCAGUGAUAAAUCUCCUUCCGUUUUUCUGUUGAAGCACCUCGAGUUGGAUUUCAAUCUUCCGGAGCUGGUCCAGGAAGAGGAACCCAUACAGUUCAGCAUAAUACGUUCGUUGCACAUCUCCAGAUCCGAUGUGGUCAUGUGCGAUAACAAUGGCCGUUGCUUGAUCUACGAUCAAAACGUGGAAAUCCUCAAGUCCUGCCAUCGCCUACCGAAGGCCAGCGAACGAUGGUUAACGUCCGCAUUCCGCUUGGAUUCGCAGUUUCUUCUUCUGGCGGAUCGCAACGGGAAUCUCUAUCUGUUCGACAGCCUUCAGAGGGAUCCCAUAUUCAAGCUGCCAUUUCUGCACGGGAAGCUGGGAGUCACACACAUCCAGCUGGAGGAGGAAACCCCGGAGGGAUUCUUCCUCCUGACCACCGGCCAUGAUAGCAACGUUAGAUCGAUCUUCCUGGAUCGGACCGAACGACGCCUUCAACUGUACGAGGCUCGGAAAACGACCGUCCAUUGGAUCGAACGCCUCACGUGUUCAGGACAGCAGAAGCCGUUGGUAAUGGGCUUCAACGAUUCGCACUUCGUGGUGACCCGAACGGACCAGCAAGAUGUGCUGCUCGAGGUGGACUGCGGCGGAGGUCACCGCUAUUGGGACUUCCUGCUUUCUAAUGGCCACAUCGGUUGCUUCGUCUUCAUUCAACAUAAAAGACUGAAGCUCGUAACGGCAAACUGGGCCGAUAGCGAAGAAUCCCGAAACUUGCUUCAAGUGCCACGACUUUGCUGGCACACUAAGGCAUGUAACGUUGUUAAAGUUCUCCGACACAACGGAACGACUACCUUCAUUUCCGGCGGAGAGGACAACGUGUUAAGGAUCAACAGAGUUUCCCCUGACAUUGGAACCCUUCUGGAGCAACCCAAGAAGCAUCUAGACUGCCACAUUUCCAGCAUUAAAACCAUCCAGCUUAUCGAUCAUCCUCAAGAUCGGAACAAAGUGUUGAUCCUCUCCGCUGGAGGACGCGCCCAACUUUGCCUGACCGCAUUGGAUCCCGCGCAGCUCCAUCGAACUAAGCAAGAACUGUCCUACAUGCUGCACUCCAGCGACAGCGAUAGGUCCCGAUGGCGCAAGAAUCGAACGGCGUCGUUCGAUCCGGAAACCAGAUUCAUGUGUUCCGUUCAGGUUGAAUCCCACGUCUUCGUUGGCUGUUCCGACGGAUUCCUGAGACAAUUCACGAUAUCACGCGACGAAAACGCAUAUAAAGCCGAAUUAGUGCAUGAAACCAACUACGGUCGGUGCAUCCUACACAUGACGAAACUAACCCUAGGAACCGGAACGAUUCUCCUGACGAUGGCCACCGAUGGUAACGUGUGUUUCUGGGACGCUUCCAAUUUGGCCGAACCCUUCUACCACUUGAAACAUCACGCCAGCGGAAUCAACGGAUUCGAUUUGAAACCGCUCGCCAGUGACGGCCAAUUCCUCCUUGCAACCGGUGGCGACGAUCAGAAGGUCAUUGUGACCAGAUUCCACCUCUCAACCGGUGCCCAGGGGAAGAUCUCCUUCUUCCGCCAACGUUCCGUCGUUGGUGAUGAACUGCACAUAGCACAGAUUACCGGAGUGAGGUUCAGCGGGGAAGCUACCCUGUGGAGCGUAGGAGUGGAUCAGCGCGUCAUACUGACGGAUUUCUCCGGGUGGAAGAAGAUGGUGGUGCUGAAACAGCUGGGAACGUGCAUUGCGGACGUUAAGGGUCUGGAGCUGGUACCGGAAAGUCGCAGCCUGUUUGUGUACGGGUGUGGGUUCGAGUUCAUUGGUCUGUAGA